UGAGUUAUUCAUUCGACUUCUACCAGUUCAUGUGUUCAGGUCGACUUUUGCAGGACCCAAGAUGAAAACUGUGUAUUUUCUCCUCUUGAUUUUAGGACUUGCUGCUGCAAACCCCUACGAAUUUCAGGAUGACUUUGAAUAUGACGAUUUGCUUGAGUUAGAUGACCCAUCAGAAAGUCCAACCACAUCAGCAAGUCCAUCGUCAACAGAAGGGUCAACCACAUCAGCAAGUCCAUCGUCAACAGAAGGGUCAACCACAUCAGCAAGUCCAUCGUCAACAGAAGGGUCAACCACAUCAGCAAGUUGGUCCUUCAGUUUGAUGUUGACAACUGGUAGGACUAUGUGGUAA